AUGUCCCUCUGUAACAUAAGAUUACAACAAGAGAGAAAACAAUGGAGACAAUCUCAUCCUUAUGGUUUUUAUGCUAAACCUAUUAAAGAUAAAGAUGGAUCUUUAAAUUUAACUGUUUGGACUGCUGGUAUUCCUGGUAAACCUGGUACAAAAUGGGAAGAAGGUAUAUAUCCAAUUAGAUUAGAAUUUCCUUUGGAAUAUCCUUCAAAACCUCCCAAGGUGCAAUUUCCCAAAAAUUUUUAUCAUCCAAAUGUAUAUCCAAGUGGUACUAUAUGUUUAAGUAUUUUAAAUGAAGAUCAAGAUUGGAGACCGGCUAUAACUUUAAAACAAAUCGUUUUAGGAAUUCAAGAAUUAUUAGAUACUCCAAAUCCAGAUUCUCCUGCUCAAGAAGAUGCUUGGAAAAGUUUUACAAAAGAUAGAGCUACUUAUGAUUUAAAAGUUAGACAACAAGCAAAAAGAUAUCCAAAACAACAGUAA